AUGGUGAACGCUUUCAAACUCAUAAUUCUGUGCUUAGCAGCAAUGGAUGGCAGAGUAACAUGUUUGGAAACAUUGUUUGAACAAUUUGAACAAUUCAGUGGUUUCGAAAUCGUAGAUAUGAAACUUCGCGUCCGAAAGUUUAACCGUACAAUGAUGACACUGAACGGUACGAUUUACAUUCGGCAGCCAAUGAAUAAUGAUUUGGUGUUCCACACGGAUCUGUUUUACAGUCGGCUGGGAAAUCAGCAGUUCAAUCACUAUCCGGUUAAGAUGCCCACGAGUGGAUUUUGUGACUUUUUCGACCAUAUGCAUAACGUGUACGAGGAUCAUAUAAAAGACAUUGUGAACGUGCCGCAGCUAAACGAAUGUCCGGUGAAGGUACGGCAGGCGCACAUCCUUGACAAAGUAUUCCCAUCCUCCGUCCUACCCGCGUUUUGUCCAACUGGCUUGUGGAAAAUUAUCAUAAGCGGCCGGUUGCACGAGGAGGAAAAGCUAAGCUAUCAUAUGGUGUUGAAAGUCUACGAAAAUAAUUAUUUUGGAUAA